GGAGCCAACUCUGGUCACCAACAUAAAUGAGACACUCCUCACUUUGCGUUAUUUAACGCGCGCGGACGGGUUGGACACCUUCUUGGUUUGUUCGAUGCUGGAGGUCAGAGUGAGCGGUGUGCGGCGCAACAGAUGCCGCGCCGAGAAAUAAGCCUUUAAUACCCCUAGGACUCAGGAGAGGGUAACUACACUCAACUCACAAUACAACAGACUUAAGUGAAACCCCUCACGCAACCGCAACUCUUCGGCGGUGUCCUGCGCGUCGUGCUUUCUUUGGGGAUAUAUUUUACCUUUUACGCACAAAAGAGGCACCUAAAGAAAACGCUGUUGCUGCACUUGAAGGUAUCCUCGGGCACAUCCACCUGUUUCAGAGGUGAGCUCGGUCUCAUGGCAUACUUGUCCAUGUCUCAUCUGCUGGUGCCAGUUGAACGAUAAUCUCACCUGGUCGUUACAACCGUGGGACUAGCGGACCUCUUUAACCACCAUGCCACCCAAGAAAAAGGGAGAGCGUCAGGACUCGGACGUCGUCGAAGAAAGAAAUGCCCAGGUGCAGCUGGAGAAGGCCAAGUACAAGCCUGUGGCAUUCGCUGUCCGUUGCAACUUCUCUUACACGCCAGCAGACGACGACAACGUUCCCGUACCAGGCCAGGCUGUCACCUUUGAGGCCAGAGACUUCCUCCAUGUCAAAGAGAAGUUUAACAACGAGUGGUGGAUCGGCCGGCCGGUGAAGGAGGAUGGCGUGGUGGGCUUCAUCCCCAGUCCGGUCAAUCUGGAAACCAUUCUCAUCAGAAGAGAAGUCCAGGCGAGGAAAGCUGCCAAGGCCUUAGCCAACAAAGCAGCAUCUCAAGUAGCUCAAGAUAUGAACUCAAAGAAAUAUACUCCUCCAUCACAAGCCAACCAGCAGGUGAAAAAGAAACCGGGGGAGCAGGUGGCUAUGUAUGAUGUAGUGCCUACAAUGCGUCCUGUGGUUCUAAUGGGACCAUCACUGAAGGGCUUAGAGGUUACAGAUAUGAUGCAAAAAGCACUAUUUGACUUUUUAAAACAUCGAUUUGAAGGCAGAAUCACUAUUACACGGGUCACAGCGGACAUCUCUCUGGCUAAACGGUCCAUCCUCAACAACCCUGGCAAAAAGGCCUUAAUGGACCGGUCAAACACCCGCUCCAAUUUAGCCCAGAUCCAGGGCGAGGUGGAGCGUAUCUUUGAGCUGGCCCGCAGCCUGCAGCUAGUGGUUCUAGAUGCAGACACAAUCAACCACCCGCUCCAGGUGGCCAAGACCUCCCUGGCACCCAUCCUUGUCUAUGUCAAGAUCUCGUCACCAAAGGUGUUGACAAGACUGAUCAAGACAAGAGGGAAGUCACAGACCAAACAUCUUAAUGUUCAGCUGGUGGCAGCAGACAAGCUUGCCCAAUGUCCGCCGGAAAUGUUUGACGUGAUCUUAGAUGAGAACCAGCUGACUGAUGCCUGUGAGCACGUUGCUGAUUACCUGGAGUCUUACUGGAGAGCCACUCAUCCACCAGAGAUGGAGCCUGCCAACGCACUGGUGGCCGAGCUGGCCGGGAAUACACUGCCCACCAAUCCUUCAGCUAUACCGGAUGGACAGAAAAACAAGAAGUCAGCUGCCCCCAAGAGGAAGGGUUCCCAGGAAAACCAUCUAGAUCAGGAGCAACCUUCAGCCCAAGCACAGGAGCAGAGGGCUGAGGAGGGCCAGAGGGAGGAGGAGGAGCGGCUCCUGAGGACCGACCCAAAGAGACCCCAGCACACCCACCACCAUCACCACCACCACCACCACCACCGCCGGAUGGAGCAGCAUCACGGCCACACCCAGCACAACCAAACAUCCGGCGGCAUGGACGUACGGUCGAGCAGGGAUUAUAGCCAGAGGCUUCCCCGCAGGCACCUGCCUGAGGAGAGGGAGGAGGAGGCGGAGGAGGUGGCGGAGGAGGACGAGGAGGAGACGCGCUAUAACCACCGAGGCCAUAACCACCACCACCAUAAUAGCAACCACCAACAUCACCACCAUCACCACCACCAACAACAACAUCACCACCGUGGGACCAGCCAGCCACACGACGGGGAAGAUUACGAGCAGGAGCACAAUGAACGCAACCGUCAGCACAGGCACCACCAGCAUAUUCCACCACGGACGCACCACACGGACCACUAUCCGGCACACAAUCAUCACAACUACCACCACUACCAUGGCAGAGACAGAGACAGGGACAGGGACAGAGAAAGAGAAAGAGACAGAGAAAGACACAAGGACAGGGAGAGAGACAGAGACAGGGACAGAGAUAGAGAUCGAGGUAGAGACAGAGAUAGAGACAGAGGCAGAGAUGCACAACAAUGGCACAGGGAUUCCUAUAUACACUCGUGACUGUGGGUUGGUGCAUGGGUUUUAUGCUGCUCAAGUAAUAAUGCACUAAUGGUCGGGGCAGGGUGUGUCAUCUUUGUAGACUACUUUUCUCCUAUUCAUUUCUCUUUUUUUGUUUUUUACCCUCUGCACACAUACUUUGUCCUUCUUUCAUGUUCUUAACCAAAAUGAAUACUAUCACUGGGUUUUUGUCUGUGUAUUUUUCACCUAAUUCAUACGACUCUAUCUGUGUGUGUUUUUGCACAAACACCAGUCAAGAUAAAUGCAAAUGUGUGCUCAUGCAGCGUGUGUUCUUAUUUUGUAUUGGUCACACAAAAUGUACGGAAACCAACUGCAGUCGAGUUGCAAUUUAUUUAAUCAAUUAUCUCAAGAGCACAAGUUACUUUACUUGUUUUAUCGGGUGUGUUUUAUUGUGAUAACAGAAUAAUUAUACUGGGCUGCUGGCUUUUUAAACCAUCUUCCCACUGAACAAAAAACCUGAUAACAUGGGUUUUUUUAAGGCUCCAGCUUGAAUUGGCAGUGAUGAAAAAACAUGAUACCUGAGUGGACACACACAUUAUUGCCCUGGGUCGUUUAAACAAAGAAAAACUUUUUCGUUAUUACUGUGUUUUUCUGCAAUUUCUGCAUCAUGUUUUACUUAUUAGAAUAUUUAUGAUUUAAUGAGCAGUUAUAAAAAUGUGUUAACUGCAUCUCUGAGGCAGAAAUGAUAAAUGAUCUUUAAAUUAAACAGAUGUUUACCGGUAAGCUCAGCUCCAUUAAAUUUAACAAUGUUGAAAAAGGUUUUAUUUGUGAGUUUUCUUAGCAAAUAUACCGUCCUUUUUUCUUUCUUUUUUUUAAAUACAAAGAUAUAUUUGAGAUUUUGACAUCCCACAAACUAACUAUAUGAAGUUGUCACUCUGGCCUCUGAGAAAUUGUAAUGAGCUUUUUUCCCCUCACUAUUCUUGACAUUUGUUAUUCUAAUGGUUAAUUAAUUAGUCCAGGAUGUAACAGGCAGAUUAAUCAAUCAUGAGAAUUCACAAUAUUUGAAGCCAAAAGCAGGUUAAUACAAGAACAUUUUGGAAAAAUUAAGUAAUCAACUUGUGAUCUUAAGAUAACAGGAUAAAAUAAUUGAACAAUGUCUGUCCUUGGCUUCCAUACAAUUAAUGCAUUUUAUGAUUUUUGUCUCUACAAAGUUGCAUAAAGGGAUUUUUUUGCUUAAUGGGAUGGUCAAAAAACUUUAGGGAACAACAGACUUGUGUAUUCCAGUGUCACAUCUGACUCUGCCCCUUUGUGUUACAAUCGGUGUCUCUUCAAAAGCCAACAAUUUAUUUUAAACAUUGGUAAGGAAAGUCAAACUAUUUUUCUACAUGAUUCUAAAGGGAAGUCAUACUUGGCUUCCUACUUUUCUAAAUGGUGUUCAAGCAUAUGUAUUGACUUGCAUUUGCUCUGUCUGGAAGCAUGAAAAAUCUUUUGGUGACACUGACCUGUGCUAUUUGCUGGAUACUCUAUGCAUCUUCUUGUGAUAAAAUAUAUUGCUUGAAUACAAUCUCUAUGCAUUUGUACAUACUUCAUAAUUGCCUUGUUAGGUAAAUGUAAGGAGAACCAGAAAGCCUGUUGCACUGUUUGGUAGAAUUUGACCUACUGUGGAUGAUUGCUUUGAGUUGAUGAGACUGAAGUGACUCUGUUCCUUUAAAAAUUCUUUGUUUUGGUUAUUUUUGUUUUGUACAGCAUUCAGGAGUUAAUUCUGACAAAUAUGCAUUCUAUUGUUGAAAAUCAUUAAAAUGUAAAAGGAA